CUCUAAGGAGGGAAAACUGAAUUUCUCUGCCCAGAGUGUGAUAAGGGACAGCCCUGUCAUGGCAUGACCAAGAACUUCUGCCUCAGAUCAUCAGAGACCCCUGGAAAAGCCAAACUCCAGCACGGCACAUUAGAACACAAGGAGGAGAAUGGACUCAAACUCCUCAUUGGAGUGGCCUCACUUGGAUUUGCUGGAUUACAACAGGACGUACAAGUACCUUUACCUGGAAGGAAAUGUCUCCUACGUGGACUUCUACCUCCACCAGCCUUGGGUGGCUGCUGUCUUCAUCACCUCCUACCUGCUCAUCUUCCUCCUGUGCGUGGUGGGCAACGGGGGGGUUUGUUUCAUCGUGCUGUGGAGCAGGCACAUGCGCACGGUCACCAACCUGUUCAUCCUGAACCUGGCCGUCAGUGACUUGCUGGUGGGGCUCUUCUGCAUGCCCACCACCCUCCUGGACAACAUCAUUGCAGGGUGGCCCUUUGGGAGCCUGGUGUGCAAGAUGAGCGGGAUGGUCCAAGGCAUCUCUGUUUCUGCCUCUGUCUUCACCCUGGUUGCUAUUGCCGUGGACAGGUUCCGGUGCAUCGUGCACCCCUUCAAGCCGAAGCUGACCGUCCCCACCGCUGUGGCCGCCAUCGCGGUGAUCUGGGCGCUGGCCGUGGCCAUCAUGUGUCCCUCGGCGGCGCUGCUGCGGCUGCGGCAGGAGAAGCGCUUCCAGCUGCUCCUGGGCACGGGCAACGCCACCCGCCCGGUGUUCUGGUGCCGGGAGGAGUGGCCCGAGCCGGCCAUGAGGAAGGCCUACACCACAGUGCUCUUUGCCAACAUCUACCUGGCUCCGCUGGCGCUCAUCGCGCUCAUGUACGCCCGGAUCGGCGUUUCCCUGUGCCACGCCGCCAUGCCCGGGCCGGGGAAGCGCGGCCGGGAGCAGCGGCGCGGAGCGUGGAGGAGGAAGCGGAAAGCCAUCAACAUGCUGGUCCUCGUCACCCUGCUCUUCGCCCUGUCCUGGCUUCCCCUGUGGAGCCUGAUGCUGCUGUCGGACUACGGCAGCCUGUCGGACGUGCAGCUGCGGCUGAUCAAUGUGUACAUCUAUCCCCUGGCUCACUGGCUGGCCUUCUCCAACAGCAGCGUCAACCCCAUCAUCUACGGCUUCUGCAACCGGAGCUUCCGCCGCGGCUUCCAGGCCGCGCUCCGGCUCCAGCUCUGCUCCAGGCCCGCCUCGGCCCAGCCAGCCCCGGGCCAGGCCGCCCUGCCCGCUGCCCCCUGCCCGCCGGCCCAGGAUCUCCCUCCCCACACAGCCAAGGCAGGAAACUGGGUUAAUAAGCAGCAGGAUUUGCUCAUGGAGGAGCUCGAAGAGAAUGGGAUGGAGUGA